AUGGCUUUUCAUUAAGAAUAAAUAUUUGGAGAAUUGGAGGAUUGUUAUUAGGCCUUUGUGCCAAAAAAACAAAAAGUCAAAUAACAAUAAGAUUAAAGUGAUUUUUAAGAAUUAUAUCAUUUGACAGUUGAAUAAAUUGAUUUAGAGUCCAAGGAUAUUGUUGAUAAGAAGUUUUUAAAAUUAUCAAAUUCAAUUUUAUUAUGGAUUGAGGAUGAAUUGAAAAACACAACAUUCUAAAUUUUAGAAUUACAUAGUUUAACUUAGCAACAUCAUUAUGUUUAAAUCAAAUUUGGUUUUCUUUUAGUAGAUUAAGCAAAUCUCUACUCAGUAUUUUCUUUCUAUAGUUCUCUAUUGAAAAAGAGAGAUAACCAUACUAUUUUAAAUUCUAAUUGUGUUGAAUUUACAAUGGAGGGAGGUAGAGUAAUUGAUCAUUCACUCAGUUUUGAAUUAUUUGAUAAAAUUGAUUAUAGUUUACCAGAUUUAUUAAACAAUGUUUUGAAUAAUUGUUCUAAAUAAUUUAAAUCAAAUGUAAGAGCACAUACUUUAAUAUUUUUGAUUUCGAAAUAUUUUGUUUCAGAAGAUUUAAGUGAUUUAAAAAAGGCAUUAUUAGAGGAAAUUAAACUUCGUUAUCCAAAUACAAUAGGAAAUAUCAUAUUUAUUUUACCAUUAUAAUCUACUGCUACUGAGAAUUAUGAAAUUACUAAAAUAUAUAGUUUUAGUGAUCCAAAAAAGAUGUUUAUCCAUUUAUUAAUCAAACUUAUAUCAAAUCCUUAAAUUCCUUUACUCUCUUAAGAGAUUUAUUCCUUAUGGGAAAAAGAUUUUAAGAUUUACACAUUAAAUUAUUAAUAAUAGCUUUUUAAAAUAAAGUAAGCAUAUUUCUUAAUGUAUCAAUCUUUACAUUUUAUGUAAUAACAUAAUAAGAAAAAUUUAACAAUGAAAGAAUUGCUUGAUACUCUAAGAAAUUAGCCAAAUAACAACAUGAUAUAUAAACAGUACUUAUAAAAAAGAAAACAAUUAAGUGAUGCUAUUCUAGUAUUUAGUAAAUAUAUAGAAUAAUUGAAAUAUGAAGUAAAUAUAUUGUUGAAUAAAAUUAGAAUCAAUAAGAUAUAAAGGAUUUUAAGUAGAAACUCUUUGGUUUAUUAUGUUCUAAUUAAGCGAGUAAAUGGUUUACUUUAAGUCAUGAUUGUAAAUUGAACAAAGCAAAAUAAUUAUUUAGAGAAUUGACUUCAAUUGGUAAUGAAUAAAACAUAGAUGAAUCAAUUUUAAUGUAUUUAGAGAAUUAAAAUUAUGAAAAACCAUAAAGUAAAAAAUAGACUGAUAGAUUUGCUUAACUGACUAAAGACAAUGAAAAAGUUAAAUUUGAAGACUACGUUAAUUAAUUCUUAAAUUAAUAUAUUGUAUCUACAAUCAAUGAAAUUAAGAAAUCCUGUUCUCAAUAUAUUUUUAAAGAUUUCGAAAAAUAUUUGGAAUCUACAAAUCCUGAUGUUAUGAACCAUUUACAUACAAAUUUAAUAGAUACCUGUACAUCAAAUUUCAAAUAAACAGGAGAAAAUUAUGCCAAGAUUUUAUCUUAAUAUUAAGUGGCCUUGUCUAAUUUGAUUGAAAAAUAGGAUAUGAUAGAUUUUUAGACUGCAAUAGCAAAUCUUAAAAUCUUAGGAUUGAUAGAGGAUACAAAAAGAGUUAAGCCUACAAUUCAAAGAGCUGUUUAUGCAAAAUAAAUGUAUAUUAAUUAUAAUAAUGAAUUUUGA